UCCACCAUUCCUCCAUUCUUCCCAACCAUCUCCACCUUCCCCGCAUCCGCAGUCGCCGCCGAUCUCCCUCUCCGCUGUCGGAGACGACGCGGCCACCAAACCCUAGCCGCAGCAGCAGCAGCAGCCGCCCAUGGCGAGCUCACGCGCGGAUCCCCGCCCGCUGGCAUGACCGCAGCGGCCGCCGAUGGAGCCGGGGCCUUCGUCGCCGUCGCCGUCGUCCGCGUGCGCGGAUCACCCCACGCCGGCGCCGGAGGAGGACGAGGAGGGGGGGAGGGGGUGGGUGGUCGUGCCGGCGAGCGAGGUCCCGGGAGCCGACGCGCCCAAGGUCAUCGACUGGGAGGACCUGCAGCAGGAGCUCGCACGCGUCUGGAGCCUCUCCGCCGCGCUCGCCACCGCCAGGGAACGCAAGGCGCUGCUCGCCGCGCGCCUCCAGUCCGCGCUCGAGGCAAGGAAGGCUUCCGUUCAGCAGGAUAAUGAGUUGGCGGAAAUCAGGGAAAGAGUGCAAGCACGUGCUGAUUUCAUGUGGGAUUUGAAAAUGCACACUAAGAAAAUGACCGAGGAUGUGGAUGAUCGAAGAGAGGAACUCCGCAUCAAGAUCCGAACCUUGUCAACAACAAGCAAUACUCUUAGCACAGCGCGAAAUAAACUUAAGGAAGCUGAUAAAUUGCUGUCAGGGGAAAAUGGUCUCCAUGUCCGUCUUAAAACUGUGGAAAGGAUGUUGCGCACAAGACAGCAAUAUAUGACAGCACAAGUAGCACAUUUAUAUCCUGUGAGACCCUUGAUUGAGCGAUCUCCAGCUAACAAGCCUAGCUUCUUGAACUCCAGUAUUCUCAAAACCAGAGAUGCGGAAUCAAUGGCUCCGAAUGGUUCUCAAAAUGGACAGGCACCUUUGGCAAUUUUGGGUCUCCAACUAUCGAAGCUUACGAUGAAAAAGACUGGCUACUUUAGUGACAAGACUGAGAUUCAGAAUUCUGCCACCGCAUUGGGUUAUGUUGCACAUGCAGUGUCCCUUAUUGCAUCAUAUCUUGAUGUUCCUCUUCGAUAUCCGCUGCGGUUGGGAGGUUCACGGUCAUAUGUUCUUGAUCGCGCGCCUUCAGUUGAGUCAUCGUCCUUAGCUUCUGCUAUAAGUUCUGCUCCUCUGAGUACAACCAUGCGAACAAUGGAAUUCCCUCUGUUUUUUGAAAGCCAGGAGACAACAAGAUCAGCAUAUGCAAUAUUUUUGCUAAACAAGGAUAUUGAACAACUUCUGAAUCACAUUGGUGCUGAAAGUCUUGGCCCGAGGCAUGUAUUAGCUAACCUCAAGCAGCUGACUACUAUUGUCCAGUCACAGCAGUACAUUUCUAAUUAAUUUAGUCCCAGAAACAUAUUUGAAGUUCUGUGAGAGUUUUGCUUACGGCUAAAUCCAGAAGCGGUUGGUGCUAUUUUUAGCAAGCACCUUUGUUUUCCAGAACACAGAUGAGUUAAGGUUUUUCUUUGCUGAUAUGUUCACUGUAAAAUGGAUAAAUGGAUUUGUCACUGUAAAAUGUGCUCACUUGGUGUACAGGAAAUAGAUGAGUAAUAAAUGAGAAAUAGUUUGCAUGUUCAACUUA